CUCAUGCCAAAAUCCAUCACUCAGAAUCUCCACUAUUGGGCAUUCACCACUCUUCUCCUCUAUUCUCUUUUCUUUCUCACUCUCAAUGUUUCUUUCCCCUUGCCAAAUUCAUUUUCUUUUUACAUUCCCUUACCAUUCCCCAUCAAUGGUCAAGGUGAAAGCUCUGUUGCUAGUUUCUCUCUGCCUCAUCAUUGCAAAUGGGGUUUCCUCUUUUGAAGAGAAGAAGGUGUUCAACUUGCAAAUACUGCAAAGGAAACAGCAACUAGGUAGCCUUGGUUGCCUCCACCCGGAAUCAAGACAGGAGAAAGGUGCUAUUAUACUGGAAAUGAAGGACAGAAGUUACUGCUCAAAGAAGAAAGUUAAUUGGCACAGAAAGCUUCACAAUCAGUUAACAUUAGAUGACCUUCAUGUUCGUUCAAUGCAAAAUAGGCUUCGGAAAAUGGUCUCUAGCCAUAGUGUAGAAGUUUCACAAAUCCAAAUUCCUUUAGCUUCUGGUGUAAAUUUCCAAACUUUAAACUACAUUGUGACAAUGGAAUUAGGUGGUCAGAACAUGACUGUGAUCAUUGACACUGGAAGCGACUUGACAUGGGUCCAAUGUGAGCCUUGCAUGUCAUGUUAUAAUCAACAAGGACCUGUAUUCAAGCCUUCUACCUCCUCUUCCUAUCAAUCAAUUCCCUGCAAUUCAUCAACCUGCCAAUCUCUUCAAUUAACUACAGGAAAUGCAGGAGCUUGUGAAAGUAAUCCAUCAAGUUGCAGCUAUGCAGUUAACUAUGGAGAUGGUUCCUAUACUAAUGGAGAGCUAGGUGCUGAACACCUUAGUUUUGGAGGCAUUUCAGUGAGUAAUUUUGUAUUUGGUUGUGGUAAGAACAACAAAGGUCUAUUUGGGGGAGUUUCUGGUCUUAUGGGGUUAGGAAGAAGUAACCUCUCAUUGAUAUCUCAGACUAAUUCUACAUUUGGAGGAGUUUUCUCAUACUGUUUACCACCAACAGAUGCUGGAGCUUCUGGCUCAUUAGCCAUGGGUAAUGAGUCUUCAGUUUUUAAGAAUCUUACUCCCAUUGCUUACACCAGAAUGGUUCCAAACCCACAACUAUCCAACUUUUAUAUGCUCAAUCUCACUGGCAUUGAUGUUGGGGGUGUGGCUGUUCAAGCUCCAAGCUUUGGAAAUGGUGGGGUUCUAAUUGAUUCUGGGACAGUGAUCACAAGACUAGCUCCAUCUGUGUACAAGGCUUUAAAAGCAGAGUUCUUGAAACAGUUUUCUGGUUUCCCUUCAGCACCAGGGUUUUCAAUUUUGGAUACCUGUUUUAAUCUCACUGGGAAUGAGGAAGUAAACAUACCUACCAUAAGUAUGAAUUUUGAGGACAAUGUUGUACUGAAUGUGGAUGCAACUGGUAUAUUCUAUAUAGUAAAAGAGGAUGCUUCACAAGUUUGUUUGGCGCUUGCAAGUCUUUCCAAUGAAUAUGACAUUGCUAUUAUUGGGAAUUAUCAGCAGAGGAACCAAAGGGUGAUAUAUGAUACCAAACAGUCCAAAGUAGGAUUUGCAGGAGAGUCAUGCAGUUUUACUUGAAUAUGGAUUUUAGUUACCAUAGAUGUCUUAUGGAGAAAGAAUUCUACAAAGUAGAAUUUAUGCAAAAAUUGUCAGCCAAAAUCUCAGUUUUUCUAUCCAGACCACACACAUGUGAUAGCCAUGUUUACCUUAUAAAAAAGUACUAGCAUUAAGAGUGUCAUUCACUCAUUUGUGAAGUUUUUCUAAGAUAUAUUCUACAAGUGUGACUGCAGUUUUAAUUUUGAUUAAUGUACAAUGUGGAUCUUCUAAUAA